AUGGAAAUAUAUGUCUACCCACAGCCCCUAUAUGUUCUGCUCUGUGCAGUUGCCAUCUUUGAAGCCUCUCUUUUCUGUCUGCCGCCGCACACCUUCUACCGCGCCGCGGCUAUCGCCCUCCUCGCGGCCGUGACUUACAGCUUCCAGCUCAGCCUCCUGGAAUACUUCUCAAAUCGCGCCUUUAUAUCUCUCGCGUUGGGCGCAACCUGGACUACAUUCUUGAACGCCUUCGAAAUCCUCAUUGUGUCAAAUGUCGGCCCUCAUGACCCCGGUCUUCAGUCAGCCAACCCUGGAAAGCCCAUCUGGCGGGCAUUUCGGGCUGCUACAUUACCGUUCAACUGGCGGCGCAUUGGAACUAAGUGGCAAAUUCAGGUCCCAGCCUCGACGGAAGAUAGCUCCAUAACCGGGCGCGUGCGUUUUCUUUUCAGGAGACUGGUCGUUCUAAUCGCCUGCUAUCUCGUCAUGGACCUCUGCGCCGCCGGUCCUCCGCCAGACCCAAAUAUGAUCACGAGAGAGAAGCAAACUAUCUCAUAUCUGUUUGCUGGCACAGGGGCAACCUCAGAAGAGGUCGGUUUUCGGGUGGCAACCACCAUCGUCUUUCUUAUCAACGCAGCCAUCGUCGUAAUUGGAGUCUACGACCUUCUGGCAAUUGUUGCCGUCCUUUGUGGUGACCAGCCCCAGAGCUGGCCUCCCAUCUGGCAGGGCUGGCCGAGCCAGGCGUAUUCCGUGAGAAGAUUCUGGGGCAAUUACUAUCACCAAGGUCUGCGCAAGGCGCUUAGUGGACCGGCUGAUUGGAUUAUUGAUUUGGUUAUCCCUCGUGGUACCCUGAUCUCGCGUUACUCACGGCUCGCCCUGGCAUUCUUUUUAUCUGCAAUGCUACACCACCAGGCCGAGAGAUCCGAAACUGGACAAUUGAUAUUCUUCAGCAGUCAGGCACUUGGUAUCAUGUUAGAAGAUACAGCCCACAAGCUGUAUAGCUUCAGCCCCGUACAGCUCCCUCGACAAAUCGAGCGCGCCUUGGGGUACCUUUGGGUGCUAGUAUGGUUAGUGUGCCUUGUGCCGUACUGGUCUUAUUCGACAAUGCGCACAAUGGACGACCCUGUGAGAGACCGGGCAACCUUUGAGAUUUUCAAGAAGGUCUUAUCCAAGUAA